CCCCCCUCGGCACCCCCCGCCACCGGGCUGCCAGAGCUGGGCUGGGUGCUGCAGGAGGGAAGAGUGACCCUGGCUGCAGCGCCCGUUAAUUGGGAACUAAUAGUGUUUAAUGGGGAUCCCAGGAGAAGCGGCACUGGUUUGCAAAUGAACAAGAACAUGGCCAAAAAUUACCUCCCAGCUAAUUUUCCCGGUUCCCUAGCAUGCCGUGUGGUGAAGCAGCGUGGGGUGGCAGCCAAACCUCACGAAGUUGCGAGUGGCGAGGAGCAGGGAGCGGCAGCGUGCAGAGGUGGGGGCACUGGAGCCGUGCCCUGUUCCUCCCCUGGCCGGGACGGCCACCAGCGGGUGGGGAUGGACGGCAUGACGCCGCACCGGGGUGGUGCCCAACACCCCUGGCAACCCGCUGCGGCUUGUCCCAAACACCCUGCGAGCCAUGGGCAUGCACAGACACCUCACCUUCCUCCUCCUCAGCCUCUGUGCCCCAGGGUGUCCUCAGCAUUGCCAGGAUGUUACUGGGACUUCUUUUGGGCAUCACUGCGGCAUAUCUAGACACCACUGAGAUUUCAUCAGAGCAUGACACAGAGGGAACUCUGGGGCCUCCCCAGGGAAUUACCAGGGCAUGCCUGGCAGGCUGGGGUGACACUCUCCUCUUUGCAGGGACCUUCAUCAAGGCAAUAGUCCUGCCUGACUUGCCACGUGUGGUGACCCUGAGUGAGGACACAGUGUCAGGCACCCGUGUCGCCGAGGUGACCGUGUCCUGCAGCAACACUAGCAGCAGUCCCAAUGUCACCCUGGAUAGCAUCGAGCCCAACCACCCCUUCAACUCCAUCGCCGUCAGCUCUGACCCCAUAGAUGCCACCACAUUCCGGGCAGAGGUGACACUGCGCGCUGGUGCAGAGCUCAAUGCCCGUCAGGUGAACCAGUACACACUAAUCCUGCGGGCUGCUUGUCCUGGUGAAGAUGAGGUGGAAAAGCGGCUCUUUGUCCGGGUGACAGCAGGGCAUGUACUGCGCUGUGACACUCCCUUUGCCAGUGCAGAGGGUGAUGUGGUGCAAGUGCUGGCAGAUGUGGCGCCCCGGACGCCCCUGUACGCGGUGCUGCCACAGCCGCUUGGUGGACUGACGUUCAGGCUCCGAAACCACAACACACCGCUCAUGCUCACCCGCCGGGGUGUGGUACUGGCACCGGACAAUGGUUUUGACCCCAGCAAGGACACCCAGAUGUUCAGGCUGGAGAUUGAGGUGAUGGAUCGUCAUGGGCACAACUGCAGUGGAGCUGUAAGGGUAGAGGUGCUGCCAUCACUCCGUCCCCGUGUCACCUUCCUUGAGCCACACCGGGCUGUGACGGUGACAGAAGGCAUUGGUCCCUUGGAGGUGAUCACACAGGUCCAUGCCAGAGGUGACAAUGUACGCUAUGCCAUCCUUGCUCCUGUGGCUCCCGUGCUCUUCACCAUUGAUGAAGUAACAGGUGAGAUCCGCAGCACCCGCCGGCUGGAGGUGAUCCGUGCCCACCUCCUCAUCCGGGCUUACAACGUGCUGCACCCCGACGACCACGCCACCGCCACGGUCAAUGUCACCGUGCAGGGGACAGACCAUCAGGCACCAAGAUGUGUUCCAGCCAUCUUUGUGUCCCAGGUGCCCGAAACAAUGUCCCCCGGCAGCAUCUUGGAGACACUGAGGUGCACUGACUCCACCAGCACUGAUGGGUGUCUGCACUAUGCUCUUGAGGGGCCUCCCUCCUCCCUCUCCCACUUCUGCAUGGAGGGGCCACAGCUGAAGGUGAACACCACUCUGGACUAUGACUCAGAGGCUAUGGCUGCUCUGGGCUUCCAGUUCACAGCCACCAUUGUGGUGACAGUGGGAGAGCAGCCCCUACAGAGCACUCGUGUGCCUGUGCUUGUGACGGUGACACCUGUCAACGAAUUCAGACCGGCGUGCCCCAGCGGUGCCACCUUCACCGUGCCAGAGACAGCAGCUUUCGGCAGCGUCGUGGGGCGUGUGGCUGGCACUGACCGCGACUACCCCCUUGACAGCCUCGAGUACAGCCUGGAGGGGGAGUCUGGCCCUGCACAGCCCUUCUCCAUUGACAGGCGCACUGGCGAGAUCCGCGUGGUGGGACCCCUGGGCUCCCAGCAGCAGAGGAGCUACAGGCUGGUGGUGCGGCUGACGGACACCCACAAUGACCUGGACCUGAGGAAGAGGCAGAGCCGUCUGUGCGACGUGUCUGUGCGUUUGCAGGCUGUGCCAGAUGAGCCGCCGGUGUGCAUCCCCGAGGUGCAGGAGCUGCAGAUCACGGCCGGGUCCCCGGGCAGCCGUCAGCCUGUCACCCGCCUGGUGUGCCACAGCAGCCCCGACAGUGCCGUGCUGACUUACAGCAUUGUUGGAGGCAAUGAAGACGGGCGCUUUCGGCUGGAAGGGAACACCCUUGUCUACCUCCCCGGUGACCGAGCCGAGCCCCACCGCUUUGUCCUGCUGGUGGAGGUGUGGGGCGGCUCCGGUGCCCGCCGCCGCAGCACCGUGGUGGCACUGGUGGUGCACGUUGCCCCCCGGAGCACCCCGGUGCCACCCAGCACCAGCACCCAGCACACGACGCUGCAGAGGGAGCCGCUGGUUGUCAUGCGGAUAGAGGCAGUGUGGCACCCACCAGCCUGGUUUGUGGCCGUGCUGACCGUCUCUGGUGCCCUGCUGCUGGCCACCCUGGGCUGCACGGCUUGGUACCUGCUGUGCAGCAACCGAGCCCCUGGCAAGCUGUUCCUGGCCAAGAGGGACAGUUUGAUGGCCGUGCUCAGGACCCAUGCAACGGCAGGGACUAUUUCUUCACCAGUGAGACUGGGACUCGGCGCUGGAUCUGAAGGGAUUGACUUGAUGAGGGGCUCUUGUGACCCACAGCUCCAUGUGGGCAGUGCUGGGCAGACACCAGCACUGGCAGACAGCUGCUGUGGCCCCCGAGGAGGAGACCCAUCCUUUGUGGCCAAAACUGCUGCACAAGGGGUGCAGACAGACUCUGAGCCACCUCAACCAGUGUAGACCUAAUAAAUGGUGUCAGGGAUUGCA